AUGCUUCUCUCACAGACUCGGGGCCGUAUGCCCUCUGCUCUCCGGAGCUUGACUAACAGAGCUACCAUUCGUCCAAUCUCUACGACACUUCCCCGCCAGAAGGCCUCCCCUAAAGACGAUGAGCCCGUCCUCAACAAAGUCUCGCGCCAUAUCACACAGCCCGUCUCGCAGGGUGCCUCCCAGGCCAUGCUGUACGCCACGGGUCUCACCGAGGCCGACAUGAACAAGGCCCAGGUCGGUAUCUCUUCAGUUUGGUACAACGGCAACCCCUGCAACAUGCACCUUCUCGACUUGAACAACCGUGUCCGCGAGGGAGUGCAAAAGGCCGGCCUCAUCGGCUACCAGUUCAACACCGUUGGUGUCAGUGACGGAAUCAGUAUGGGCACAAGCGGUAUGCGCUUCUCACUGCAGAGUCGUGAUCUCAUCGCCGACUCCAUCGAGACUGUCAUGGGUGGCCAGUGGUACGACGCCAACAUCAGCAUCCCCGGUUGCGACAAGAACAUGCCCGGUGUCUUGAUGGCCAUGGGCCGAGUCAACCGUCCCAGUCUGAUGGUCUACGGUGGAUCCAUCAAGCCCGGCUGCGCCUCCAUGCAGGGCAACGCCGACAUCGAUAUCGUCUCCGCCUUCCAGGCCUACGGCCAGUUCAUCUCCGGCCAGAUCAACGAGCCCCAGCGCUUCGACAUCAUCCGCAACGCCUGCCCCGGAGGCGGCGCCUGCGGUGGAAUGUACACCGCCAACACCAUGGCCACGGCCAUCGAAGUCAUGGGCAUGACCCUGACCGGCUCCUCCUCCAACCCCGCCGAAUCCCAGGCCAAAUACGACGAAUGUCUCCGCGCCGGUGAGGCCAUCAAGCGCCUCCUCGUCGAGGACAUCCGCCCCUCCGACAUCAUGACCCGCCAGGCCUUCGAGAACGCCAUGAUCGUCGUCAACAUCACCGGCGGCUCCACCAACGCCGUCCUCCACCUCAUCGCCAUCGCCGACUCCGUCGGCAUCAAGCUCACAAUCGACGACUUCCAAGCCGUCUCCGACCGCACCCCCUUCCUCGCGGACCUCAAGCCCUCGGGCAAAUACGUCAUGGCCGACCUCCACAACAUCGGCGGCACGCCCUCCCUCCUCAAAUUCCUCCUCAAGGAAGGCGUCAUCGACGGCUCCGGCAUCACCGUCACCGGUGAAACCCUCGCCAAGAACCUCGAGAAGGUCCCCGACUUCCCGGAAGACCAGAAGAUCAUCCGCCCCUUCAACAACCCCAUCAAGGAAACAGGCCACAUCCAGAUCCUCCGCGGCUCCCUCGCACCAGGCGGAUGUGUCGGCAAGAUCACCGGAAAGGAGGGCACAGUCUUCACAGGCAAGGCCCGCGUCUUCGACCACGAAGACGACUUCAUUGCCGCCCUCGAGCGCAAGGAAAUCACCAAGGAUGAGAAGACCGUCGUUGUCAUCCGCUACACCGGUCCCAAGGGUGGGCCCGGUAUGCCCGAGAUGCUCAAGCCCUCGUCUGCCCUCAUGGGUGCUGGCCUGGGUAACACCUGUGCCCUCAUCACAGAUGGUCGUUUCUCCGGUGGUUCGCACGGUUUCCUGAUUGGUCACAUUGUCCCUGAAGCUGCUGUCGGUGGACCCAUUGGUCUUGUGCAGGACGGCGAUGUGAUCACUAUUGAUGCCGACAAGCGUGUUCUGGAUCUCGACGUUGAUGAGACGGAGCUUGCUAAGCGACGGAAGCAGUGGGAGGCUGAUAACGCGGCUGGCAAGCUGCCGCAGACAGGGCUGAACCUGCGCGGGACGCUGGGGAAGUAUGCCCGGAACGUCAAGGAUGCUAGCUCCGGGUGUAUCACGGAUGCUUUGGAUUAA